AGAAUACCACGCGUUCCCAAAAUGCCGCGCGCAGGGCCCACCCCCUUCCUUUCCUCAGUGGUGAGCGUGUCUCGCCUCUGCUUCUUCCCCUCUUAGCCGGCUGGAAAACGCGGGCUCUAGUACAACAGUUCCGGCACCGGAAGAGAAGGCUGACGACAGGGCCCGGGGGCUGCCGGAAACACCGACCCUCGGGCUAGCACUGGGCUGGAGAAAGGGCUCGCGUUUCAAGCACUCCCCCAGCAAGGAUGGGCUGGACGGGAAGGCGGGGACUUUGUGCAGCUGCCUGUGCCCAUCAUCCAGCAGCUCUACCACUGGGACUGUGGCCUGGCCUGCUCCAGGAUGGUGUUGCGCUACUUGGGCCAGCUGGACGACGGUGAGUUUGAGAGUGCCCUGCAGGAGCUGCGGCUGACCAGGAGCAUCUGGACCAUCGACCUUGCCUACCUGAUGCGCCACUUCGGUGUGAGGCACCGCUUUUGUACCCAGACCCUGGGUGUUGACAAGGGCUACAAGAACCAGUCUUUCUACAGGAAGCACUUUGACACAGAGGAGACCCGGGUGAAUCAGCUCUUUGCACAAGCCAAGGCCUGCAAGGUGCUGGUGGAGAAAUGCACAGUGAGCAUGCAGGACAUCCAGGCGCACCUGGCGCAGGGCCACGUGGCCAUCGUGCUGGUGAACUCAGGGCUGCUGCAUUGUGACCUGUGCUCCAGCCCUGUCAAGUACUGCUGCUUUGCCCCCAGCAGCCACCGCUGCUUCUGCCGCACUCCCGAUUACCAGGGCCACUUCAUCGUGCUGCGCGGCUACAACCGGGCCACUGAGUGCAUCUUCUACAACAACCCGGCCUACGCUGAUCGAAUGUGCAGCACCAGCAUCAGUAACUUUGAGGAGGCCAGAACAAGCUAUGGCACAGAUGAGGACAUCCUUUUUGUCUACCUGGACAGCUGACAGCUGGAACCUGGUGUGCUUAGGCCCUCAGACCCCACCCCCACCCCAGCAGGGCCCACUCAGGAUGUCCUGGCCCAGGCCCAGGUCAGCUGAAGCUGGGAGGUGGAGCUGUGGCCUCAGCCCAUCUGGCAAAGCCCCAGAAAACCCCAGGAGAUGGUGGCAAGGCUGCUGUGCCCACCAGUGCUGUGUGUUGUGAUGCUGCUUACCCUCAGCACCUGCUGGUUGUUGGAACCACUCUUUAAGCAUCUGACAGGAUCCUUUCCCCAGAAACCCAGGCCUGACACCAUCUGUGCCUGGAGAAGUCCAGCCCCAAGGGUGCUGUUGUUGCCUUUGAGUUGGACUGAAGACCAUGGAAAGGCCUAAGCUAGUCUCCUCACCAACACUGUAACCAAGCCUGGAGAGAGAAGUCGAUUGACAGAUAACACUUGCCAAAGACAGCAUCUGGUUGUUGGGAGACAACAUAGCUGACCGCAGGACCCUGGGAGUGAGGACUGUCCCAGGCCCCUCUCUCCUGAAGUGCUGCAGAACCCCCUAUUCCCUGUGAUGGAUGCCACCACCUCCUCCCGCCUCCCAGUGGGCCUGAGUUUCUAUGGCUGGUAAUGGGGCCUCUGGCAUAGACACACCUCACAGCCCUCACUCUCCCCUGUGGAGUCCCAGCCCCUGGGGACUCUGAGGCCCCCUCCAGGUCCUCCAGCCCUGUGGCAUGAAAGGCUCUCAGGGGCAUGAGCUGGGCCUAAUGACCAACAGCACAGAGUAUGCUUUGGGAAUAAACAGCUGCCUGGGCCCCAAAGAGUCCCCCCACCCAGAAGGCCUCCUGACACCGGCCUAAGUCCUGACAGCAGGUCCAUCUUCUGAGUGGAGUGAGAGAAGCUCCAGGUCCUACAGGGCAUCCUGCAGCUGGCCACCCAAUCUGGCAUCACACUAGGGCCUUUUGCACAGAUGCUAACUCUCUUGUCUUGACUGAGAAGGGGGUAUCUGCCCAGGAUCGCACAACACAACAGCACGUAGCUUCAACAAGCUUUUUCCUUUUUUUUUUUUUUUGGUUGGGUGGGGUAGUGUUUUUAGGGGUUUUGAGAUUUGAGUUUUCAUUUUUGAGGGGUGAGGAUCACCUCCAAGUAAAAAAUAAUAGCAAGAGUGAAGGUACUUUGGAACCACUAACACCUCUUCACAGGGCAGGUAAGCCAGGCCAAGUUCUCUUUCAGAGGAGGCUUGGCUUGUCUGCAUAGCAGGCCUUUCACCUCACAGAUGAGAAAGCGGUCCAGUCUGGGGAGAGUCUGCCUAGCACAGUGGUGGGGCUGGGUCUUACCCCAGGUCUGUACCUAAAAUAAGGGAAAGGGAUAAUUCCUAAAGGGGCUGGGGACCCCCACCCCGUGGCCUGCCUCUUGCACAGGAGGACAGCAACACCAUCCCUGCACUCCUGCGGUUUCCUGUGCCCAAGGUGAGGCACAGUGGCAGUUGCUGUACCUGUCAGCUUGUCCCUCCCCACCACAGUGGUUCUCAGGGGCAAGGGUGGGCUCUGCUAAUGAGGGCUGUCAGACCACUGAGCCGUAUGGCACCAGGCACAACCUUUGGCCCAGAGGGAGAUGCUGCUGGCUGAGCAGCCAAACUGGGUUUCAAAGACUGGUGCUGGCAUCAGAUUGGUCUCAUCAACAUUGCCUUAAUGCUGGGUGGCCCAGGGUCCAGGAACUCUGGCUCCAAGCCUGAGAGUACCAUACAGCAGCUGUGGAGUGUGGGGUAAAACUGUGAGAAUGGCUGUGUGAAGGGAACCAGUGGAAGGAAGUGACAAGUUCGGGACAGCUGGGUAUGAGUGAGGCAGAAUGCACACCCUGGUGGGGUUGCUGGGUAGAGUAGUCACUAUGUCCACCCAGGACAUUAAGAAAUGCUCAGUCCCUGGGCCCAAAGGACAGCUUUUCAGGGAAAGCCACAAGUUAGAGGUAAGAUUAAUGAAAAAGUUGCCCAUGCCCAAGGUGCAUCAGCCUGCGGAGGGUCACAGGAUGUAAGCCACACUUGGGUUCUUGCACAAGUCACAAAAACGAGACCAGAGAUAGAGCCUGGAUGUCAGGGACUUUUGCCCACAGCUGCCCAGCUGGUCCACACUGGAGCUCAGUGUAGCCUCAGAAGCCAUGAGAGACAGCAGGCUUUGUGCACUCUAGCCACAGGGGGAUGAAUGGGAUCUCUCGCAUUGCACAGAUUUUAUACAUAAAUAUAUUUUUGUUUGUAAUGAGCCAUUCUGAAUAAACAUUCUCACUGCAAAAAUUCA